AUGAGCGUGUACAGUACGAGAGCCCACAUGCGUUCUUCUCUUUGCCUCAUCUCUCUGCAUGUCCGGGGUCUCUGGCCAUGGCGCUACUGUAAAUGGGUUUCCUUCGUACCAGUAAAGUACCUGGUAGAUUUGGUGGAGAAUCAGGGUGAGUACCCGCUUGUCCAUUUUAGAUACCCCGCCUUCUUACCACCUCUGUACCUAGGUAUUUCAGGUACGCGAUAUGAACAGGGCGGCUAUGGCAAGCCCGGAAUAUUACCGGCACGCCUGGUGCGAGCCACUCAGAUGCCUUGUGUUGAAUACCUAGGUGUACCUAUCUACGAGUGA